AUCAAUAUUUACUUACUCCUGAAUCCUUUCAUGCGUAGACUGCAUAUUACAUACACUAUUACCGUUGCAGUUUUCUAAAAGUUUCUACUGACUGAAAUUAGAAUAAAUAACUAAGUGUCCGCAAUAAAGGACAGGACAACACAAAUGGCACACUAUCACAAUUCAAAGGCGUCCCUGCUUCUUCUAACUUUACUGUUAGCUUUUGGAUGGGUUUCUGGUGAAUGUGAUGUCUCGCGAUGUACCGACCCGAGCACCUGCGUAUUGUCGCAGGGAAAAUGCAAAUGUGCAUUUGGCUACUUUGGAGAUUUCUGUGAACAGGUCGCAACAGUAAAUGUAACGUGUGAGAAAGAACACAUGACCAUACUUGUGGAUGAAGAGUUCUUCAAGUACUAUAAUGUGGGAGUAGACUGUCUUCACUUACCUAACAGCAGCUGCCGUGCACAUAGAGAGGUCAUCUCUGGAUCAGCUUACUUUAUUGUGCGUACACCAAUGGAUCAGUACACUGCAUGUGGAGGCAAACCUCUGGAGAAGAAUAUAACGCACGUUGCAUACUCAUUAACACUGAUGUCUGAACCACCUACUUACGGGAAAAUUGUGAGAGAUCCAGUUGUAAAGAUCGAGUACAAGUGUGUCUAUCCGUACAUCCGUAGACUCACCCUGGCAUUUCCCAUUUUUCAUUUUUCCAGUGAGAAAAUGUUUAAAGUCGAUGAGGUUGAUGCCAAAGUGGAGAUGAGUUUGUUCAAAGAUCACGCAUACAAAGAGCCCUUCACCAGCGCACCUACUAUUAAGCUUGGGGAUCAGGUCUUCAUCCAGAUUAAAGUCACCGAUCCAGAAGAUUUCUUCAAUCUGAAAGUGAAUGACUGCUGGGCCACUCAGUCUGCUCAACCUAAUAAUAGGUCAGGCUUUACCCAUACACUGCUAAUAAAUGGGUGUGCAGAUGACAAAACAACAUCAUUUGUAAAUGGCACAGACUACGUUGCAGGGAAAAACGGUGAGGGAUCAGUUGUCCGCUUUUUCUUUGAUAUGUUUCGUUUCGCGAACGAGCCCCACAGUUUUUACCUGCACUGCACUGUGCACCUCUGUACACAAGAAGAUGGAGCAUCUUGUAUUCCUGAGUGUAAAUCUAUAGCCAAAAGAGAGGUUGUCAUGGAUGAACAACCGGAAGGCCUUCUAUCAUAUGGACCAAUCAAACGGGAGGUACCAGACAGACCUACUACAAGUCUCCUGCCAUUGCUUGUUCCAUUGGGUCUGAUCUGGGUUUUGGGCAUCUUCCUUCUCAUCUUGAUCAGCAUUGCCAAAGCUGGAAAUAGGCGACACAUGACAAAUAGUUAAAAUAUUAACCCCGUUUCCCCAGACAAAUAGUGGUUUGGGUACAAUAUAAGCAAGCGAGUCAAGCUCACCUCACCAUGUUGGAGGGCUCAAUGAAUGGCCCUAAAUGAGCACUGUAUGUGUUUUAUAUAGCAAAUUUAAUUUCCAAAUCAACUUGAAAGUGGUGUCCUAAGAUUGAUCUAUCACAAGCACAUAAAUACAACUGUCUACAGUACUCAAUAUAAACAACAGGUGGCAGUGAGCUCUAAAACUGUAUCAACAUUUGCUUAUAAACUGUUUUGCUUCUGUAAAUAAACAUAUUUCAAUGCA